UCAGAACUGAACAACAGUCGUUUGUGUAUAAGUGCAGUGGUUUAAUAUUUAAAAUAAAUCCAUUACAUGUGUUAUUAACAUGUCGAGGAUACCUAAGUUACCGGUCCCUGCAAAAGAAAAUAGACCCGGGCUCAUAAAUAGACGUCCAAUAUCAAGAACUGUAAAUGGCCUUAGCGCAGAUGACAAAAAGAAUUUGUUAUUAAACCACACUAAGCCAGCUGUCCAAACUGGCCCAACGUCUUCCACCACUGGGGCACGACUCAAAAGGGCUGCUACUGCACCAGCACCCACAGCCAAUGCAGCCAAAGUUACUAAAGUCGAGAGAAAACCACCAACCGCUGCCCCAAAAAUCCCACCUUAUGAUUACAAAGCAAGGUUUAAUGACUUGUUAGAAAAACACAAAGUGAUCAAAAAUGAUUAUAAUGACUUAAAAUAUAAACAUGAAGAAGUUGCUGAUGACUAUGAAAAAAUCAAAGAAUCUGUUGAAAGCACUAGUAGAGAGAAAGACAUGUUAAAGGAUAAAUUGCUGAAUGCUUUAAAUGACUUAAGAGAAAGGACGACUGAAUUGGAUAGUAUUAAGCUUGACCAUGAAAUACAGAAACGCGAAAAUGAGGAAUUGGUGCGCAAAACAAAAGUUUUGGCCGAUGUGACAUUUAAUUUAAAUAAGAAGACUUCAGAAUUUGAUACAUUACAGGAGGAGUUAAAUGAUUUGACCCGGCGUCACAAUGCCCUCCAGGAGGAGGCCAAGGUAUUAAGAGAGAAAUCUCUAAAGCUUGCUACUCUAUCUGAAGACUAUGAUAAACUCACUGUUGACUAUGAGGAAGCAAAAAAGAAGAUAUCAACAUAUGAAACUGAUGUCGAGAAACUGCAGAACAUUUUAGCUGGAAUGUACCAGGGUCAAAGAGAUCUGAGAAACACUAUUCAGGAUCUGAAAGGUAAUAUAAGAGUAUAUUGCAGAGUACGACCACCACUAGAGUCAGAGACAAACAAGCCAUUGUUCAAUCUUAAUGUUGUGGAUGCUUGCACUAUAGAAGUCGAAAAGGUUGAGUUGAAUGCAUUAUCCCAAUCAACAAGGAAGGGCAAAUCUCAGCACACCUUCAGCUUUGAUGGUAUAUUCACACCACACUCCACUCAGGAAACAGUCUUUGAGGAAGUUUCAAACAUGAUCCAGUCGGCACUUGAUGGUUAUAAUGUAUGUAUUUUUGCAUAUGGUCAAACAGGAUCUGGAAAAACAUACACAAUGGAAGGAGGUUGCGGGCCUGACCAAUAUGGUAUUAUACCACGAGCAUUCAACUUCAUGUUCACUUGUAUGGAGGAUCUGAAAAGAAUGGGUUGGCAGCUGACCAUAAAAGCAUCCUUCCUCGAAAUCUACAAUGAAGUAAUUUACGAUCUGCUGAACUCUUGCAAAGACCAGCUAAGCCAUGACAUCAAGAUGGUUAACUCCAAAGGGACUGAUCUCUAUGUCUCAAACUUGAAAGAAGAGGAAGUUAAGAGUUCCCAUGAUUUCAUCAAACUGAUGAUAUAUGCCCAACGUAACAGACAAACUGCCGCUACACUCAACAACGAGCGAAGCUCCAGGUCACAUUCAGUUACACAGAUUAAGAUUUCUGCUAUCAAUGAAAUACGGAAAGAGAAAUACACAAGCCAGUUAAACUUGGUGGACUUGGCGGGGUCUGAGAGUGGUAAGACCACUCAGAGAAUGGACGAGACCAAGCACAUCAACAGAUCUCUGUCAGAGCUGUCUAAAGUCAUUCUGUCUCUGCAGACCAACCAGGCCCAUAUACCGUACAGAAACUCGAAGCUAACUCACCUGCUGAUGCCAAGCCUUGGUGGCAAUUCAAAAACCCUCAUGUUGGUCAAUAUCAACCAAUUCGAUGAAUGCUUUGGUGAGACUCUCAACUCUCUACGUUUGGCCACAAAGGUAAACAGCUGCCGAACAGCAAAAGCCAAAAAGAAUCUAACAAUGGUUGAUACAUAGUUUGUAAUAAUUGAUUUUAUCUCAUUGACAUGUUUAUUGUAAUACUUUAAUUGGGCUAUUGUAGUUCGAGUGAUUGGGUGUCUUCAGAGAGUUUUUAUACUUGCAUUAGAUCUUCUUCAACCUAGCGUUUUCCCGGCCUAGCGCCACGCGCCAGGGUCCUACUUACAUUAGAUAUAAA